CAAGUGCUUCCGGGCGGAAAAUGGGCGGCGGGGCGGAAAGCGCGGUUGGUUCAGCCCUUGGCCGGGAGGCGAGUUUGAAAACAGGGAAGCAAGCGGAGCCGCCGGCACACGCCUCCUCUCCGGCGGCGUGAUGAUUAAGACGGAGAAGGUGCUGCACCUGAGGAGCGGCAAGGGGAAGUCGGUGCGUGUGGUGCGGGAGCACUACCUGCGGGAGUCGGUGCCGUGCCACAGCUGCCUGUGCCAGGCCCGGUGCCACAACGAAGGGAAAUUGCUCUCAGAAAGUGCUACACAUUAUGUGAUACCUGACUGGAAAGUGGUGCAAGAUUAUCUGGAGAUACUUGAGUUUCCUGAAUUAAGAGGCAUUAUCUUCAUGCAGACAGCUUGUCAGGCUGUCCAGCACCAGAAGGGACGCAGACAGUACAACAAGCUGCGGAACCUGCUGAAGGAUGCUCGUCAUGAAUGUGUUAUGUUCUUCAAUGAAUUUCAGUUGUACUCGUAUGUCCCAAGAGAACAAGGAGAGUCCCUAGAAAAAUGGCAGACCAGGUGCAUUUAUUAUGCCACGGUCUGGUAUUAUAAUCAUCUUGCAGGAUUAAUGCCAGUUGUUAUGGUUACCGAAGAUACAGAAGCCAUUCAGAAGUAUGGGAGUGAAACAGAUGGAGUGUUUGUUGUAUCAUUUAAGAGCUAUUUGGAGAAUUUUUGGCCUGACCUGGAAGCUGUGCACCAGCUCUAUGAGUCUAUUGUUCAGUCUCGGAAAGAACGAGAGAUUGAAAAUCAGGAAAAUAAUGGAAAGGAAUAUUCAGAGCAUCUGCCUUUGGAAAUACUGGAGGCUGGCAUUAAAUCUGGGAGAUAUGUUCAGGGUGUUUUAAAUGUCAACAAGCACAGGUCUCAGUUGGAAGCCUUUGUUCGUAUUGAGGGAUUGCCUAAUAAAGGAUCAGAGCUAGAAACAGACAUACUCAUCUGUGGCUCGAAGGCUCGAAAUCGUGCUAUCCAGGGAGAUGUGGUGGCUGUUGAGUUACUGCCAAGGAAUCAGUGGAAGGGAAGAGUUUCAGUGUUGUGUGAGAAUGAGUCUGAGGAGAAAGCCUCUGAAGAAGUUGAAAGUGAGCCAAUGGCUACAGGUAAGGUUGUUGGCAUUAUUCAGCGCAAUUGGCGAGAUUAUGUAGCAUCCUUUCCACCAAAGGAAGACAUCCAAUUUCAGGGUAAAAAUGUUCGGAAGGUCUUAGUUACACCUUGGGAUUAUAGAAUUCCUAAAAUAAGAAUCACCACUCAACAAGCUGAAUCCCUACAGAAUUUUCGAAUUAUUGUCCGCAUUGAUUCCUGGGAUUCCACAUCUCUUUAUCCCAAUGGGCAUUUUGUGAAGGUUCUUGGAAGAGCUGGUGAUUUAGAGACAGAAAUUGCAGCUAUUCUUGUGGAAAAUGGUGUUUCUGUUAGCCCUUUUACUGAAGCCCAGCUGCGGGAAAUGCCCGUGAACACUCUGGAGAAUCCCUGGAAAAUCGAUGCCGAGGAGAAUGCCAGACGUGUGGACUUAAGAAAUACUCAUCUCGUCUUCAGCAUUGACCCCAAAGGCUGUGAAGAUGUAGAUGAUGCACUGUCUGUCCGCAGAUUAGCAAAUCAAAACUUGGAGCUGGGCGUUCAUAUUGCAGAUGUUACUCACUUUGUGAAAUUAAAUUCACAUACAGAUCUGGAGGCUAGAUCAAGGGCAACGACUUUCUACCUAGCGGAUCGACGCUAUGACAUGUUACCUGCCAUCCUAAGUGCUGAAUUAUGUUCAUUACUUGGGGGUGCUGACAGGUAUGCAGUCAGUGUGUUAUGGGAAUUAGACAAAAACAAUUAUGAAGUCCUUAAAGUGUGGUUUGGUCGAACCAUAAUAAAGUCAACGUACAAGAUGUUCUAUGAAGCUGCUCAGGCCUUGUUGGAUGGAGAUCUCAGUGUUGUGGAUGAUAUCCCCGAGCUCGAAGGGCUUGAGGAGAAAGAAAGAUACCAGAAGUUGAAUGAGUUGAUAUGGGCAAUAGAGAAACUGACUGAAAUAGCUCGUUGUAUGCGGGCAAAGCGUUCUCUUGAAGGCGGCCUGGAGCUUGAGGGAGUUGAGUUGCGAGUGCAGUUGGAUGAAGAGAAGAAUAUCAAGGACCUGGUGCCAAAGCAGCCCCUGGAGGUGCAUGAGACUGUAGCGGAGUGCAUGAUUCUGGCAAAUCACUGGGUAGCAAAGAAAAUUACCGAGAACUUCCCUCUCCAAGCCUUGCUACGUCGCCAUCCUCCACCACGGCAGGAGUCAUUCACUGUACUGGUCGAAUGUGCAAAAGCAAAGGGAUUCAACAUAGAUACACGCUCCAACAAGGCUCUGGCAGAUUCACUGGACAUGGCUGAAGAUCCAGAUGACCCUCUGGUGAAUAAACUCCUGCGAUCUAUGGCCACACAGGCAAUGUCCAAUGCUCUUUAUUUUUCCACAGGCUCCUGUUCCGAAGAUCUCUUUUAUCAUUACGGCCUUGCUCUGGACAAGUAUACACAUUUCACUUCACCAAUCAGAAGGUAUGCAGACAUAGUGGUGCACAGGCUGUUGCUGGCAGCUUUAAUGAAGGAUAAGAAAUUGGAGCCUGAAGAUCCACUGUUCAGCCAGAAGUAUUUGAAUGAAUUAUGUCAUCAUAUCAACAACAAGAAUAGAGCUGCUCAGCGUGUGCAGAAACAAUCUGUUGAGUUAUUUCAGUGCAUGUACUUUAAGGAUAAAGAUCCCACUUGUGAUGAACGUUGCAUAGCAGAUGGUAUCAUAUAUUCAAUACGUGCAAAUGGUGUGCUGAUAUUUGUGCCAAAGUAUGGGAUAAAAGCACCAGCAUACCUAAAGAAGAAAGAGGGACAUGUGAUCACAACAGAGCCAGAUGGAUCAUGUGAAUGGAAACCUGGCUCCCUCAGACGUCUUAGAGACAGAAUUAUCUCCACUACAGCCGAUGGGAGAUCCAUUACCUUCUCUCUCUUUGAGCACAUCACAGUAAGAAUCUCUGAAUUUUCAUCCCGUUCCCAUCCUGACAGCAUCAAACUGGACAUUAUCAGUAACCGACCUUGUAAACUGUCCAGCACAGAACCCAUGCCCGAAACCUCUCACACGACAAAAACAGACUUGGUUCGGGAUGUAAUCAGAUCUGCAGAAGAGGCUCAGCUUGUUCAAGAGCAUGCAAGAAGAACAGUCAUCAGGGAUGAAGAUAAGAAAUAUUGUCAAACCCAGGGAAACAGCCUCUACUCAUUGCUGGAAGAAAUCAAGGAAAUGGCUCUUUUAGAUCUUAGUGUUGAAUAAGUGCCCUAGUCGAGACUUUGGGUUCAUUUUAAAUUUCUUAAUCAAAACCAGUAAAAGAAAUAGAUUUUUACAAAUGAAAAGAGCAACGGUCUAGUUUUUAAGCUUAUGGUUACACUGGAAGUAAGUGGCAGGUUCCAGCUACUUCAACCAACUUGUUUGAUGUGGUAUCUGAAUGCAAUGCAAGAGAUGUAGAGAUUUGUUCUGAACAAGAUGUAUAUAGCUCCAAGUUUUAUUCAAUGUAUUUGACACAAAGGUUUACCAUUCCUUUCUAGUCUCCCUACUAGGAUUAGAAAAAAAAUAAACUAAUAUACUAAGUA